UUUUGCUUUCAAGUUUCAAAGAUAUUUUUUCAAAUAUUGGUAUCGAUAUUUUUGUUCUCAUACUGAUAUCACUAAUGAUAUUGAUACUUUUGAUUAGAUACCCGUUUCAAUACUGGCAUCGAUACAUGGUAUCACUACAUCUCUAGUCACGGAAUAAUACACGUACGUCCGUAUGUUUGAAACCCGCUCAUGCGUCGCACGUACAUGCGGCACACACGAGCGUGAUACUUUCGUUCGAGAGAGAUCAUUGACAACGAUGGAUAUAUCGCACAUAGGUACCGCACCGUGAUACACUUGCCGGUUGCGCAUAUUAAUUAAGCGUCGCGUUAGAAAGUUUUAACGAUUACCCAUGAAUCAACCGGAAAAGGCGGGCGAGUGAAAAUACGACACUAUUGAUCGCCGGACCGAGAGUAGCUCGGUAAUGGCUAACCCGAUUACUUAGUAUCAAACUUUGGAGCUGAAAUCUAGGUGAAAUUACAGCCGUCUCUCCGUACCUGAGGAACCAAAUAUAGAUUUCGCGAAUUAUUAUAUUAAUGAGGAUCGAUUCGAUGCUACGACGACGAAUUAUUAAAUCGCUGACCUGAAUCCUCCCUCUCGUGCCGUGCACGAUAAUUUGAUGAAUCCUUUUUUGCGGAUUUCAUUCCAUUUGCGCGAUAUGCAAAAUUCACAGCGAGCGUUUACAACUUAUUCACGAGCGCGGUAAUGAGAUCAAUCUCAACUAUAAACACGGCUACACGGCUUUUCCAACGUGUCGCUUCAAUAAAUUGCGACUCAUCGGCCGAACGGAAAUAUUGCGUUGCAAUAUUCAGAAUCGUCGUAAAGUCUUCGUAGUUUGCGGUUAGCACGACUCACCGGUACAGGUGUGUGAUGAAUUUCCUCGUUUUAAUCGAACUUAGGUCCGUUGGGUACUAAACGUAUCUACCGUAACGUGAUUCCUUCGGCAUCGCCGAUUAACCAAAGAAUGCUGUGGUGGUGAGCUAUUCGCGGGCUGAAAAAUUCGUGAGCUGCGAAGGACGCGACGAUGAGCUCGCCGCCGAAGCAAAGCGCGACUCGCGCGAACGGUGGGUGAACACUUCUCGGUGGUGAUGAACAGUGAUGAUCGUGUACAUGAUGAUCGAGCCACGCAGUGACCGGGUGACGGUCUGCUCACCUCAGACUCAACACCACUGCUAUCAAGUGAUACGAACCACUAGGGUGCACCAAAGUUCGCGAAGCUCGAGGAUGGUGACCGUUCAAGAGAAGGUCGUCAGGUCGCGUCUUCAGUUGGGUUACUCCACGCCGACGUCCUUCAUCAAUCGCUUCCCGCCGAAGGUGGAGAGACCGAUGGCGUCGCACGGCACGAGCCAGGUCCACGGCAACAGCAUGCACGGCGCGUACUCGUCCGGCAGUCAAACAUCCCUGUCGACGUCCUACAUCACCGGCCAGUCUUACAUGCAGGGCCAGAAUUACGCGUCGCACGGGCCGUAUCCCAGCGCGAGCGUGCAGGUCUAUCCGCACAGCACGGCCUACUCGCAGCCGCAGAGUUACGGCACUAUGGUGCAGGGCUUCGGCGGGCAACCGCAGUCAGCCGCCGGCUAUCAGCAGAAUCACCUUAAGAAGGGAUCGGUUCGCAACGGCGACGUGCUGAAGAGAUGCCGGCUGCAGACCGCGUACGAGUUGUCGCAGGAUCUGCUCGACAAGCAGAUCGAGAUGCUGGAGCGGAAGUACGGUGGCGUGAAGGCGAGGAACGCGGCGUUGACGAUCCAGCGCGCCUUCCGGAGGUAUACCCUGCUGAAGAAGUUCGCGGCGAUCACGGCGAUGGCCAAGGCGGAGAAGCGGCUGAGCAGGAAGCUCCAGGAGGUGACGGAGCGCUCGGGCAACCUCAACGAUCACGAGCGAAUGGUCUAUCACAGCCAGAUAUACAUACAGCAGCCGCAGUCUGCUAACAGACCGAUGCCGAUCCGAAGCAUGUCUCUGAGGGAGAGGCGGCACGUGGACAGCUCCCAGUCGCCGAUACCGAGGAGCCAGAGCGGCAGAUGCGAGAUCCAAGUAAGCGGCCAUCCGGCGGCGAAUCACAGCCUGCACCAGAGCGGCAGACAUACGCCCUCAUUGGCGCCCAGCCCGUGCAACAGACACCAGCAAUUACCGCCGAGUCCCUGCUGGGAGUCGAGCUCCCAGGAGAGCGGCUCCAGUAUCCAUUACUACAAUCCACAGGAGGCGCUGUGCGGUCUGCGGCAAGAAACACCGCCGAGAGACCUGCUGCGGACGCCGUGCACGUCGCCGUCGACGCCGCACAACCUGCAGACGACGAUAUCGCAGAACUGGAACAAUGCCAGCCAGCUCGGCCCAGGCAGGACAAGAGGCUCCGGCAAGAAGAUCCCGCCCGAGGUGCCGAAGAGAACGUCCUCCAUCACCUCGAGAUCCAUGGAGCCGCGUCACAACGGUCUCAGCAAGAGCGUGGAGAACGGCAGCCUGAGCUCUGUGCAGAGCUCGGGCAGCGACUCCACCAACUGCGAGAGCUCCGAAGGCGACCCUCAGCGAGGGUCUCCGGUCUGGAAGCACAAGGGGAUCUCGAGUUCGCCGGAGCAUCAGGAAUGUGCGAGUCAUACCGCGGACGCGGCGACGAUCGCCAGCAACGUGAAGGAGCUCGGCCACUCGCACGCCAGCUCCGGCUACCAGCUUCCCUUGAUGGACCACACGGAGAGUCUGCCGCAGACCAGCUACAAGGUCUCCGAGACUGUGAGAAAGCGGCAGUACAGGGUCGGCCUAAAUCUCUUCAACAAAAAGCCGGAGAGGGGCAUCAGCUACCUCAUCAGACGCGGAUUUCUGGAGAACAGCCCGCAGGGAGUCGCGCGAUUCUUGAUCAGCCGUAAGGGCUUGUCCAAGCAGAUGAUAGGGGAGUAUCUCGGGAAUUUGCAGAACACCUUCAACAUGGCGGUACUCGAAUGUUUCUCUCACGAGUUGGAUCUCUCCGGGAUGCAAGUGGACGUCGCUUUGCGAAAGUUUCAAGCCUACUUCAGAAUGCCCGGCGAGGCGCAAAAGAUCGAGCGGCUGAUGGAGGUCUUCAGUCAGCGUUACUGUCAAUGCAAUCCCGACGUGAUAUCGAGGCUGCGCUCGCCGGACACUGUUUUCGUCCUGGCCUUCGCCAUUAUCAUGCUUAACACGGAUUUGCACACGCCGAACCUGAAGCCCGAGCGCAGAAUGAGGCUCGAGGAUUUCGUGAAGAAUCUCCGGGGCAUCGACGAUUGCGGCGACAUAGACAGAGACAUCCUGGUCGGCAUUUACGAGAGGGUGAAGGAUAAUGAAUUCAAGCCGGGCUCCGACCAUGUGUCACAAGUGAUGAAGGUCCAAGCCACCAUUGUUGGAAAGAAGCCAAACAUGGCGCUACCGCAUAGAAGAUUGGUCUGCUACUGCAGGCUCUACGAGAUACCGGACAUUCACAAGAAGGAGAGACCGGGCGUUCAUCAAAGGGAGGUUUUCCUCUUCAACGAUCUGCUUGUCGUCACCAAGAUCCUGAGCAAGAAGAAGAACAGCGUAACCUACACCUUCAGGCAGAGCUUCCCGCUCUGCGGCAUGAUAGUUACGUUAUUCGAGGUUCCUCAUUAUCCGUACGGGAUAAGACUCUCUCAGCGCGUCGAUGGAAAGGUUCUAGUCACAUUUAACGCACGAAACGAGCACGACCGAUGUAAAUUCGUGGAAGACCUCAGGGAGUCUAUCAGCGAGAUGGAUGAGAUGGAGACUCUGCGCAUCGAGACCGAGCUGGAGAGGCAAAAGAGCAGCAGAGGUGCACGAGGCGGUGCGGAGAACCGGGAUUCCGGCGUCGCCGACGUGGAGAUAUGCCCAUGCCCGGGAACUUGUUCGGAGAGAGCGGAGACGGUCGAUGUCGACACGCAAUUGAAACGCUCCGCCCUCAGUAAUUCUCUUCUGGACAUACACGAGCAGUUUGCCGGUGAAAAGCCGCAGCGCCGUGGAAGCGUGGGUUCUCUAGAUAGCGGUAUGUCUAUUUCCUUUCAAUCUACUUCUGCCAGCUCAAUGAGCCAAGGCAUUAAGCACCCCGGGCAAGUUCAUCCUAUUCAUCCAGGGGCUACGAUCCCUGGCGGUGGUAAGGGACUGGCUCAGCAGCCGUCUUUUUUAGGGGGUCUCUUUGCCAAACGUGAGCGAAAGCUAUCGCAAUCUGAAGAGUCCGGUCCUUACAGUCGCACCACGGAAGUAUAAUGUUACUCUUCCAAGUCGUAAAUAAGGUACCUCAAUCUCACCUUUGUACACCCGAUUUUUUCCUCUAGUGCGCUUCGUGUGCUCGAACGACGCGCGCGUGUGUGUGUGUGUGUGUGAGAGAGAGAGAGAGAGAGACCGGCGUUUCUUGACUAACGCUACGGCGACGACAAUUCUAAAUAGCAAUAAUCAUUCUCACUCCGAUCUAUUCGUAUUAUGAUGAAAUUUAUAGGUGUCAUUCUUCGCCAUUCAUCGUGCGAUUUUCCCUCGAACUUUGACGAGAAAAGGAGACGAGAACGCGAGCAUAAUACACAAGCAGCGAGACUGCCUUGAACUUCUAUUAGCGUGCGUAAUAGAAUUUAGUGUCGUUUUAUACGUACAUCACGAAGCGCGCUAAAGAAGAACGACAGCUAAAAAGCCGCGGAUAAAGCUAAGUCCUUAACGGAUUUGCGAAUUUGCGAAUCGCGGAUUGGGCAGGAUCCAAUCGAGAUAUCAACUGGCGUAUUUAAAACAGAAGAAGAAAAAGUUUUUACCCAUCCCCGCCCAUUCUCUUACCCCCCCUCCUUCUCCUCUCCCUUCCCACCCUUCACCCUCAGAAACGUGUAUAGUAUUUAUUCAUCUGAGAAGAGGAAACUAAUGGAGACAUUUUUCAUACUGUAUUUAUAAUUUAGCAGACCGCGUGGUUUCAACGAUAGAAUUGUGUGUAGAUAAUUAUUAUUACACCUUCGCUCUUAGUUCUGCAUUAUAGUUGGGCGUUAGUGAGUAUAACAGAAACCUAAUUGAAAAGAGAGAGAAAGAAAGAGAGAGAGAGAGAGAGAGAGAGAGAGGAAAUCAUAUAAGUCACACUUUAUCGGAGAAUAUUUUAUCGAGGAUGAAGCCGAUAGGCUUGGCGUCGCUAUCAGUCUCAAGUAUUAUCACGAUUAUCGGAUUUCGAGUUAACUGUAAAUAGUAGACGUAAUAAUAUCCCGAACGAGUUAUCACGUGUAACAAAAGAAAGUUAGCGUAAGGAAGGAAAAAAAAAACGAUAAGCAAUCUCUAUUGAUGUUAGGUGCAUGUUGAUGUCUAACGAUUUUUAUCAUUGGAAGAAACAAAAAAAAACGUGAAGUUUGAGUGUAGCAAUGAGAUAAGACUUAACGUAUAAAUCGUGUUUGUCAUUAUAGCGACCUACUUGAUAAUCACUCACGAGAGUAGUUUUUGCUUAUUGUAUGUUGAAAUUUUGACUCAAAGUUGUUCGAAUUUUCGCUAAGGGGAAACCGGCAUGUUAUAAAUAUAUCCAGCGUUUAAUUCGUUUCUCGUUCGGCGGCGGUGAGCGGACGAUUUGUAGAUCGUAAACGUCGUAAGUAGCGUCGCAAGAGUAUAACGCGUAUAAGCUAUAAGAAGACACAACGCGAAAGAAGAUCAACAAGAAAUUAAAACCAAAAAAAAAUAUAUAUAUACAUACACACACACACAUAUACAAAUGAAACAAAGAAGAACGCGCAUGCCUUAUAUACUGCCACGAUAAAACCUGUCGCACGACCGAGAAACGAACAAACGAGAUCUUUACGUACGUAGAAAAGAGAGAAGAAAGGUCGGGAGUUUUUCCAAGAGCAAAGUGGAAUUGUACGACGAACUGACGGGUAAUCCGUGUACAUAAGUGCUGAUCGCAACAUCAGCCAGCUGUAAACAAGCAAUGGCGUUUGUUAAUUUAACGAUAAUCUCCCGUUGAGAAGUAACGCACCGAUAUAUGUAGGAGGAGUGUUUAAUAUAUUUAUUUUAAGUUUUACCCUUAUAUGUAUUCUGUGCGCUGUCCCUUCAUUUUUUUUGUUUAUUAUAAAGUAUUGUGAGUCUUAACAUACGUUUUCCCACAAGAGAGAAAAAGAGAGAGAGAGAGAGAGAGAGAGAGAGAGAGAGAGAGACCAAAGGAUUUCCGUAAUAUACAGAAAAGGAGGAUGCUUUCGAUCGACCGUAGGUUUUCAGCCAGCAAUAAGCAGUCUGUAAUUAACGUUAACCCUCAAUUUAACGUCGUAUCUCAUAAAACAUACAUGCAUAAAAUUUGCAGCACGCGUAUGCGAUCAAAAUUUGAUUCAAAAGAAGAACUAUAAAUGCGACCUUUUUGAAAAUUUCUCGCGGGACAAGGUACCGUUAAAUUAAGGGUUACUCUAUAGUUAAGAUCCAUAUCGACAAGGUGUACGGGCGUGUUGCGGUCGAUCGAAAACAUUCCAGCCGUAAUUCAAUCAAAGAAAAUCGUUCUCGUUUGUAACGGCAAACGCGUCGGAAUUUCGCGAUUGAGAGUCUACCUGCGAGCGACAGAGAUUAGAUAAAGUGGAAAUAUCGAACGUUGUUAGAGACAUAGGUACGUUGCGCUAACAAAACUUUUUAUACACCAUUGCAUGAUCGACUACGUUCUAACUUCUGUGCUUACCACGUUUACUAAUAUCGUUAUCAAUUCGACUCUUGAUACGAACGACGACUCGUAAUACUAAUGAUGCACUUUUUAACGUUGUAAUCGAUCGAAUGUUGAACACUCUGUACUAUUUAUAACUCUGAUAAAAGAGAAAGACGAAGGGAAAACCGAAGGGAACGAAUUCACGAAAGAACGUGAUUGUUAAAAUUGUCGGGGCGGACGAUACGUAUUCGGUGGCUUGUUGACAAUACCGUUUCGUUUACGAAGGAAAGGGAAAACGAGAGAUAAAUCGCGGAGGGACGUUUUUCACGCUUUACGUGCCUGUUACGAAAUUUUUUCAUAUUUACAAGCUACAAAUCACACCACUAUCUAAUUCUAGUCUUUCUCAUCGGUAUAAUGUAUACAAUACGCUCAUGUGCGAAGAAAAAGAGGACACGGACGAAUUAAUCCGCAAGAAUGAGAAACUUUUUAAAUUUCGGCUGUACAAAUAUAUACAUACAAACACACAGGCAUACACGACCGACUUGGACGCAGCGUUAACACCAAAUAUGCUAAGUUGUGUAAGAAAGAUCGCGUUAAUUUCUGCAACUAAACAGCUUGUUUGACGAUUAACCAUUCGAAUUCUGUGAUAAUCUCGCGAGAUUAAAAAAGACUGAUUAGGAGAAGUCCAAAUUUGAUCACGAGACAUGUACGAGUCGCUUGUACGAAUUAAAAAAAAAAAACCAUUUUGUCAAACGGCGGAGAAACGUCGUGCGCGAGUAUUUUCGCUUGCAUCAUUUGCCGUUCGAGAAAUGUUGUCGUCAUUAAAUUAUUGAGAUCAACAAUGCGCAAUUAAAACGUGAACUUGAAGCACUAACACAGUAUAUAAAAAGACGAAAGAAAUUGCAUUAAAUUGACGCGAUCUUCGAAACCUGACACCCGAUGAACACAUCGCAGCAUAAUUUGACUUGCUUUCCGACUUGAUGAGGAAGUGCGUACACGUGUAAUUAUUAAGAGGCGAUCAUUUCCCAAUGCCAAAUUAUUAGUAAAUUCCUCCCUCGUUAGUCUAAUAAAUGCUGUAAGCACACUGUGUUAAUAAAUAACUCUGAGUCUGAAACGCA